CAAAACUCCGGGUCGAUUCACGUAAAAAGUAUACUGUUCAAGAUUCAAAAUAAAUAUCCGUUCAGUUUUAGCCAAAAACACUGUGAAUUGUGAGGUUUACGAAGCCACAAAUAUAUUCUUGAGAUUGCUCAUCAGUUUCUUUCAACAUGGUAGAGGAAAAAUCUCGUAUUUCGGGUCAAAUGAUGGGUCGUUUUGUGGGUCAACAAGUUGUCAUCGUUGGAAAUUUAACCAAAGUAGAUGCGACUGGUGAAUGUGUUGAAUUGACAACAUUCGAUAAUGUUAAAAUCAAUGCCACACUCCCAACUCGUUUGGAGGUUAAUCCAGAGGGGAUAAUCCAAGUUUCGGGCAUUGUCAAGUCCAGAGGCACUAUUCAAGCUGAACAUUAUGUACAUUUUCCUGCCGAGAAUUCAAAAGAUUUUGAUCCAAAACUUUACAACAAUUUGAUUGUAAUUCAGCAUGCGCUUGGCAGUGCGAAAUGGGAGUUAGAUGCUGGUGCACCGGAGGAAAUGAGUUACUAAAAAUUAGUACAUAUCUUUUUGACAGUACAACGUUUUGAAAAAUCUAGUACUAAGUUGAAGAAAUAUUAAGAGUAAUCAACAUGUUUUGUAACGUCAAACAGACCAAAUCAGUAAUUACGUUCAUAUUUUUUUAUCCUGUUAUCCUAUAUAGGUAAACUUAACUGUAUCAUGUAAAAAGUAAUCGAAAUAAACAAUUCCAUAUUGUAAAAUA